AUGAUGCUCCCUCUGCUGUCCUGUCGGCUGCUUCUCUAUUCGCUGAUUUUUCAGUCAUGCAGCAGCAGCAGAUGAAUAUAAUUGUGGGUCAUUAUAAACAGAAUUAUAGUGCGUCGAGACUUUGCACAACAAUGUUUUAACGACUGCUGACUACGAGUGAAAAUUAGCACACUCAGCAGAUCGGUUUGUGGCGUAAACACAGAGUCGAGUGUAUGUGACGGUGGACAAACGCCGCACUGACGCUCAUUAAAGCAACUGGAGAGCAGGGGCUGUGAUGGUGGAGGACGGGACGCUCAUGAAGGGCCGGGUGACGGUGUACUCUGUGCCAGGCUGUCCACACUGCACACGGGCCAAAACCACUCUGGGUGCGUUAGGCGUUCCCGUGUGCGACGUGGAUGUGAACAAACACAGAGAAAUCAGAGCACGAGUGAAGGAGCUCACCGGCCACUCUUCUGUACCCCAAAUAUUCUUCAAUAACCUUUAUGUUGGAAACAAUGAAGACCUCCAGAACCUGGACCCUAAGCGGCUUGAACAUCUCCUCCUGUCUGUGAGGGAUGAAGCAGUGCCUCUGGAUGCUCUGCCUGUGCCUGUUGAAAACUGCAGAUCUGAGACUGAUGGAGCAGGGUGUGAGCUCUCGGAGACGCUGAGGAAUCUGAUCCUGAAACUUUACUCCGAUCACCUCUCUGAAAAUGGCAAGACAGUUGAUUACAAGGCAAUGUCCCGGAGCCUGUACUUCGAGCGCUACUGUGAUCUGGCUGUCAGACUUCAGCGUGUGGAGCUGCUCUCUAUGAGUCGAGAAGAAAAACUGGCCUUCUUUAUCAACAUCUACAACGCACUUGUCAUCCACGGGAACCUGCGUCUGGGCUUUCCCAAAAACAUAUGGCAAAGGUAUCGGUUUUUUAACUACGUGAGCUACUUCAUUGGCGGUGAGGUGUUCACACUGCAGGAUAUUGAGAAUGGAGUACUUCGAGGAAAUCGAAAAGGUGUGGGACAAUUCCUGAAACCCUUCUCCAGGGAUGACCCACGACUGCAGGUGGCGCUUCCUGACGUCGAGCCUCUUAUUCAUUUUGCACUGAAUUGUGGUGCCAAGGGCUGCCCACCGAUUAAAACAUACACUCCGCAGGACAUUGAUGGUCAGUUGCGCACUGCAGCUGAAGCUUUUCUGGAGAAUGAUGACAGCUGUGUGAUUGACAACACAGGACGAGAAGUGAAGCUCAGCCAGAUCUUUAAGUGGUACAAGGGCGACUUUGGAGGCACUGAUGAUAAGGUGCUGAACUGGGUGUUUGACCACAUGAGAGCAUCGCAGAAGAAGAGGAAACUACAGGCUCUGCUGUCAACAGGAAAGGUCAAAGUGAGCUUUCUGCCCUAUGACUGGUCUAUAAACAGCACAGACUGAUCUAAAGCACAUUCUCAGGAUCGCUGUGACUCAUCGCGGCCACUGUGUGUUUCUAUUGAACACACGCAGCGAUCUCAAAACAAAAGUGCGCCCUGAAACUAUGCAUUCAGAUCCCUUUACCUUUCAUCCACCUCCCAAAAGGGCAACGUGAUAUUGUAGCCUGAUAUUUCUGACAAAGGUUAAUUUCUAUAACUUUUAAAAUUGUAUCGCAGCAUUUGCACUGGUUGUUAUGCAAUUACAUUUUAAAUACUGUCCUACCAAGAUGUCCUUUUGAAUAAAUAUAGUUUAUUUAAAUGAUCUAACAGGUAAUGAUGGUUGGGAAAUUUAAUGUCUUGUUAAUUUAGAUGUAUGGAAAGGGAAUAGCGAAGUCAAAAUUAGCACAGAUUGAGCUGUGGGUGCAUAUUGCUAAGUCAAAUUAUAUUAAAAUGACAGUGCUAUACAAGUACAAACUAAUGUUAACAGUAUAUAGUAAACAGCAAUAUUUACCAACAUAUAUUUUUUGUAAAACAUUAUAAAUUUGCAUGGAUUGCAGGAAUGUUUUUUUAAGUGAUAAAGCUCAAAUAUCUGUGAAACGCAAAAAUAUACAUCUACAAUGCUUUUCUACUCACAGAUUUACUCUAAAAUCACCCAGAAAAAAUUGCUUUUUUUAUUCCCUCCAAAGGUGCAUUGGUUAUUUUCUUUUCUUCAAUGAAACUCAAAUGAUGUCAAUUAACUUAUACUUUAACAUAAAGGAAAAAAAAAAACAUCCUGGAAAGUGUUCAAAAUGACUUGUAAGCCACAUUUCAAGUCUUUAAAAAGCCAUACGUUAUCUUAUGAGAUGAAAUUUAUUUUUGUUGUUUUGAUUUGAUGUUUUUUUUUUCUUAAAGGGAUUGUUUACCCCUUGAAACCUGCAUAACCUUUUUUUUUUUUUUAAUCUACUUAAAUAUUAUAUUUUGAGGAAUGUUUGUAAACAAACAGGUACUGUAGCCAUUAACUUCCAUAGUAUUUUUUUUUUUCUUACUAUGGAAGUCAGGAAUUGAUUUUAGCUGUUUGAUUACCAGCCUUCUUCAAAAUGACUGCUUAAAUGUUCAGCAUAGGAAAGAAAUCCAUAAAUGUUUAAAACAAUACGUGGAUGAGUAAAUACUUAGGCUGUUUUCAGUUUUAUUUUGGGUAUAUUCCUGUUUCCCAGGUCUGGGUUGCAGCUGGAGUUGUAUUUGAUGCGUAAAACAUAUGCUGUAAUAGUUGGCAGUUCAACCCCUGUUGAAUAAGGGACAGAAGCCGAAGGACAAUGCUUUAAUGAACUUUCUUUUUGAAGGUGCUCUAAGCAAAUUUAGCGUAAUGUCAUUAAUAUUUGAAAGCACCAAAACAAACACCCAUAACCCAACAGGACAUCAAUGCUGAUGUGUUUUGGGCAGUAAAGACUCAUUGGAAAUAUGUGCUUUAUCCUACAUAUUUAAAUGUGCUACAUGUUGGUUUUUGACUCUUCUUAAGCAUAAAAAUACUGUAAUAUAUUUAAAAACAUUUAAGCAAGUGAACAAAUUUAUCUGAUAAACAAUGCUAAAUUCUUGAAAUGUGCUUUCCAUGCUUUUGUUUUGAUUUGUGUAACUCUGCCCAAUUUACUCAGUUAUCUUUCAGCAAGCCAGGUUGCCUUAGUGGAAAACACAAUGCAUUUAAUUUCAGUCAUGAAGGUACAAAAUGUGGUCAUAAAUGUGACCUUCAGAGGACAUUAGCAGCCUCUGAAAUCGAAGGCAGAUUCACAGUUAUAAAAAAUCACAUGAGGUGUUUUAAUAAUAUUACAAAUAUUAUAAUAUUAUAGGUGUUUAUGUAAACAUUAGCUGAACAGCUUACUCGCUCCUAUUGGUUUUGUCAAUCUGGCAACCUGCUUGGGUGUCAAGUCAGAUGAGGAGCAAGGUGAAAAAAAACCCUCUUAUUUUGAAUUUGUACUGCAAUGCCUUUUUCAGCCUCUAGGUGAAGUAAUUAAUCAUACACAAUGCACUUUUAAGCAUAUAUUUGACUGAAGUUAGUUGGUAAAAUGAAUACCACAGAGCAAUAUGAUACAAACAACUUUUGUUCCUUUUUACACUAAUGACAUAUACUGAGGCAUAUUAUCGACAAAUAAAGGAUUAUUUUUGAGCGGCUCUUUGGAGAACACCAAAUAAAUACCACAGAACAACCUAACAGUGUCUGAUUUGUAAUCGAUUAAGUUUGCCUUACCUAUUUAUCAUAUUAUAUAUGAUGUUUAUUAUUUAUUAUAUAUGGACAACUUUUCUGCCAUGGUGAGUUAGUUCAGUAGCUCACUUCAUACAGUGUUGUACUUUUAAAUUAGAGUUCUCAGAUUAGAGUUCAUUAAAGCACGGUUCCACAAAAGAGAUCUAAAUCAAUGUAGAAUCAAGGUAAAUUUAUGUUGUGGUGUACUUUUUUUGUUUGCUUUUGAAAACUUGAUUGAUUGGGUUUAGGGAAGGGUUUAGGAUUUGUACAACAAGCUCCAGCUUCUCAUGGAUGUGUCCAACAAGGAUGUGUAUCUGUAAUGUACAACAACAUACCCUAAAUAACGUAUUCGACAACGCCCUCUAGUGGAUUUUUGUCAUCUGAAACAUGCAAUAAAAUGUAUCCAAA